AUGAUCAACAAUAGCGUUUCAGGACCGGGUUUGAGUGUCAACGACAUACCCGUGGACUUCAAGUCGACUUUGCCACCGCGCAAAAGAGCGAAAACAAAGGAGGAGAAGGAACAGAGACGUAUCGAGCGGAUUCUGCGCAACAGACGUGCUGCCCAUCAGAGCCGCGAAAAGAAGCGGCUGCAUUUGCAGCAUCUGGAGCGCAAAGCCGCGCUUUUGGAACAGAUUUUGAGCUCCAAGAGCGUGGCUCAGCUCGUGCACAGCGACCGGAAUCUGAGCACGAUAUACGACGAGUACCAAUCGCUGGCGUUGGCCGCGGCAGACGUGGACGAAAUGCCGGUUUCAGAGGCCCACGGGAGUCCCGAAAGCGCCACAGGUGGCCAUCGGACCCCGGAGUCGCUGCCGGAACGCUCUGCGUCGCUGUCGGCCUCGUUUCCGGCGCUGGCGUCGAACCAGCUCAAGCUGACGCCGCAAUCCAACUCUUCUGCCUCAUCUCCUGCGCCGUCCCUGGCGCCAGAUGUCUGUUUGAAACAAGAGAUGGAGCCCCACCUUGUUGUGGCGGAUCCUCUCGCCGAUUCUUUCGAGGAGUCUUCAGCUCCUGCGGAAGUCACGUUCGACUCCAGCAGUAUCCUGAUGUCUCCCAACGGAGUCAUCUCUACUGAAAAUGAUGCUGGUUUCGAACUAUGCAAUGACCUAGAUGUGUCCAAUUGGAACCUUCUACUAACUAAUGACCAUGACGAAUACCCCCCACAUUCCUACGACGAAGACGAGUACCCUGUCCUCGACAAGACUGAUAAUUCCUGGGGCCUUGACUCAUUGCGUAAUCCAGCCGUGAUUAAGUUACUAAUGAGAGCCUAG